UGUUGGCGUCACCCUGGGGCUCUCCGGCGUGUUGGGGGAAGUGGAGUCAUGGGGUGCAGGGGCUGUUCUGGAUUUCCCUGUGUCAGAGCCCACCCUCGGCUGCCUUGGCUUGCUGGCGCUGGCCCGCCGGCCUGCAUGGGUGAUCGUGCGCCCUUUGGCCAGCCUGCGCUCCCAGGGCUCCCAGCCAGUGGAGGCCCUGACCCCCCCUAGCCAGCUGGACCUGUGACCCGGUAGGCUUGGUUUGGGGCUGACCUGAAGGUGGCCGUGCGAAGCAACAGUGGACGAGGAUGGGGCGCUGGCCUGGCUCUCAGACAGCAUGUUUGCGCGGGGACUGAAGAGAAAGAGCGCGGAGCCAGAGGAGGACGUCCCUUCCUACAGCCUGCAGCGACAGUCACUCCUCGACAUGUCCCUGGUCAAGCUGCAGCUGUGCCACAUGCUGGUGGAGCCCGACCUGUGCCGCUCGGUGCUCAUUGCCAACACCGUGCGGCAGAUCCAGGACGAGAUGAGCCGUGAUGGUUCGUGGCGUGCGCCAGCGCCCCCGGGCCUGGGCCGGACCCCCCUCGACCACCUGGUCUCCACGGAUAUCCUGUGCCGCCCAGCCAGGGAGCUGGGCGGGGAGGGCCCCGUGGCUGAGCUGUCCCUGGGCAGGACAGCGGCCCAGGCUCCCAGGGACGUCGGGAGCAGCGGCUGGGGUGUGGGCAGCCCCCAGGAGAACAGAGGCGGCUUCCAGAAGUCAUUGGACCACAUCUUUGAGACGCUGGAGAGCAAGAGCCCAGGCUGUGUGGAGGAGCUGUUGGCGGACGUGGACAGCCCCUACUAUGACCUGGACACGGUGCUCACAGGCAUGAUGGGCGGCCCCAAGGCCGGCUCCUGUGAUGGGCUGGAGGGCCUGGCCACGGGCACCCCGCCCACAGGCCCCAGCUGCAGGCCGGACCUGGGCGACCUGGAGCGCGUGGUGGAGAUCCUGGUGGGGACGUGAGGCAGCCCAGCCCUCCAGCACGGCUGCUCUCCGGCGGGUGGCCAUUCCCGGGAAGGCUGCCCAGUCCUGGGCCCUGCUGCCGGCAUGUCCCGGCUGUGGAAGCCAGCGGAGCUGCCAGCUGUGUCCACCUCACUGGAAUUGGGGUUGGUGACUUCAGAGCUACGUUGUAUGUCGGGGCCGGUACAGUGUCUUACAGUGUAUUUUUACAGUUUUUGUACUUUUUAGAUCUUUCUCGGUUGUUUUGUAUG